AGGUUGAAGAGACAAGAAGAAGGAAGAGACACACAAAACGCACACAAGCACAGAGCAAGAACCCGAAUUUCAUAGAGAAAAACUGGAAGAAGAGUGGGGGAGAGACGAUUAUUUAAGUUCCCUCUAAAAAUUUUUCACUUUUUCCCGCCGCACUUUCCCUCUCUCUCUCUCUCUCUCUCUUUCUCUCUCUCUCUCUCUCUCACUCUUCAUGCCCUUGCACUUCCCUUUUCCAUUUCAUACACCCGACAUUAAUUUCAAGGAUUAGGAUUCUUUGCACUCCUGGAUGUUGUAGCUUCAACCCCUUUGUUUAAGAUGCGACGUUCAUGCUCCAUUUGCUUAUUUAACUGACGUGCUUCAAUUUAUUUCAGCCUGUUCAAUUGUUAUGUUGAUUGAGACUAUGGACUUUCGUUGCUGAUGGACAGUCAGCAGCAUGAGUAGAAAAAUCCAUUCUUCCUGUGUCUUCUGUGUUUGACAUUUUAAGUGGUUGAUGCUUGAACGUGGUAGUAAUGGAGUGCAACAAGGAGGAGGCCAUCAAGGCUAUGAAAAUUGCUGAAAAGAAGCUGGAAAUCAGUGAUUUUAAUGGGGCAAGGAAGAUGGCUCAGACAGCACAAAGACUCUUUCCUACGCUUGACAAUAUUACUCAAUUGCUAACAGUAUGUGAGAUUCACUGCUCAGCACAGAAUAGAAUGUAUGGAGCCGAAAAUGAUUGGUAUGGGAUUCUUCAAAUUGAACAAUCAGCAGACGAAACAAUUAUUAAAAAGCAAUACAGGAAGCUUGCACUGUUACUCCACCCAGAUAAGAACAAGUUUGCUGGUGCGGAAGCUGCUUUCAAACUUGUUGGUGAAGCCAACAGACUCCUUUCUGAUCAGUCAAAACGAAAGUUAUAUGAUUUGAAGUAUGCAGCUGCAAGAAGAAAUAUUGCAGCUGCCAAGUCAUCUCAUGAUCAGCAGAAUGGAUACACAGCUGUAAACAAGCAAGAGAGAGGAACUGCAAAUGGUUACUCAAGUGGUUCUUUCUCACAUUACCCUGGAGGGAGUUCUUUUAAGCCACCACAACCACCACCACAGCAGGCUUUUUGGACUUGCUGCCCAUUUUGUAAUGUGAGGUACCAGUACCUCAAAUGUUAUCUUAGUAAAAUGUUGCGCUGCCAGAAUUGUGGUAGAGGAUUUAUCUCGCAUGAUUUGAAUAACCAAACUAUGCCUCCAACAUUUCACCAAAUGCACGUUCCUCAGAAAAAAGUUGCUCCUGAAUCAGGACCCUCAAAACCUGCUGCAGAAAAUAAGCAAGGUUCUGAUAAGAAAUCCCAGGAUAGAUCUGCUGGGGUUGAUUUGAAUGCUAAAGCAGGAAAAAAACAGAAGGGGCAGGGAAGUAAUGCUAAGCCCAAAGUAGAUGCAGAGAAGACUGGGAAAGAAAAGGCCAAGUCUGAUGCAGCUAGAAGCACGGAAAAAGUUGCUUCCAAGAGUCAAAAUAGGAAGAGACAACGGAAAUCUGCUACUGCACAUGGUAACAAUUUGGAAUAUGACGAAGUUGAAGAUGACGAUGUAUCUGAGAAGGAUGGCCUGAGUAGAGACAAUAGUCAAAGGAGAUCUACAAGGAACAAAAAACAUGUUUCAUACAGGAAAUAUUUAAGUGAAGAUGAUGACAGUUUACAGAGUCCAAAGAAGUCCAGUGGCACUGCAUCUACGGACUUGAAAGAGGAGAUGAAAGAUGCAAUUUUAAAUGUUGAAACAUCUGCCAAGGGCAUCAAACAGGAAGUACUGCCUCCCCAUCCACAAGACUCGCCCAACAGAAAACCCAAAUGUGAGGAAGUAGUGAGAGAAGGGAAAAACAGGUCAGAUAAAAACGAUAAAAAAUCCAAAACUGAGGUUGUUGAUACAGAGGAAAAUGGCGUGCAAGCAGUACAUGUUUUGGUGUGUGCUGAUCCUGAGUUUAGCGAUUUUGAUAAGGAUAAAGGGACAGAUUGUUUUGCAGUCAAUCAGGUAUGGGCUAUUUAUGAUACUGUUGAUGGCAUGCCAAGAUUUUAUGCCCGCAUUAGAAAGGUGUUCUCCCCUGAAUUCAAGCUCCAGAUUACCUGGUUUGAACCACAUCCUGAUGACAAAGAUGAAAUCAAAUGGUGUGAUGCAGAAUUGCCGAUAGCUUGUGGCAAAUAUACACUAGGAGGAUCUGAGCUAACUGCUGAUCUUCCCAUGUUCUCUCAUAUGGUACAUUGCCCCAAGCAGGGGGCAUCAAAGAAUUCUUACUUUAUGUAUCCUAGGAAAGGAGAAACUUGGGCUCUUUUCAAGGACUGGGAUAUUAGAUGGAGCUUUGAACCUGAAAAACAUGUAGCUUUUGAAUAUGAGUUUGUUGAGAUCUUGUCAGAUUAUGUCGAAGGUGUCGGUAUAUCGGUUGCUUUCAUGGACAAGGUCAAAGGUUUUGUCUGCUUGUUUCAUACUACUGAGAAGCAUAGGCAAAACUCCUUUAAGAUUCCACCUAAUGAGUUGUACAGAUUUUCUCAUCAAAUUCCUUCGGUUAGAAUGACAGGAAAGGAAAGAAAAGAUGUUCCAAAAGGAUCAUUUGAAUUAGAUCCUGCUGCUCUUCCCCCUAAUAUUAAUGAACAUGUUGAUCUUAAUAAUGUCAAAGAGGAGACUAUCGAUGCUCCUGCUGCUUCUGGAAGAACUGACCCAUCUCAUGGUUUUAAAUCCCCUAAAGAGAAAGUGGAAGUGAUUGAUCUUGAUAAUAAUGAGGCUGCAAAAAUUCAGAAAAGUGACCUAAAGAAGAGUCAUCCAAAUAGUGAGGUCCCAACUACUCUACGAAAAUCUCCAAGAAAGUUAAACCCAAACCCGACUGAAAACGACGCUCAGUUAGAUAAGUUUGUGCCAGAAGAUAAUAGAAGUAGAGAUGGAAGUCGAAAUGGCCUAUCAACACGCAAGGAAAGCAGUACUAUUCAUCAAAAUGGAGGAACGAACACUCCAAAGAAACAUGGUGAGAGUAGUGGUUUGAGAGGAACAACAUGCCUUGGAAUUAGAAAAUCACCUAGAGAUUUGAGCAAGAAAAAUGCAGGUUAACGUAUGGAAGAUAUGGAGAGCAGGCAAUCUGAAUCUUGGAAGUUGAAAUCAAAUUUUGGUUUACAGAAUGGGAAGUAUUCAUCUCAGUGUAAAAUGAGAACAGCCCCAGUUGAUUUCUUAUCUUUCUCUUUUCACUUUGUUCUAGAAAACUUUGGAGCGCUGUUCCAUGCUCUUUUUCAGGAAGCCAUCUAUCUACAAGUUCCAUAAAAGUUGCUAGCUGAGGGAAACUUUUUGUUCAACCUCUAAUAUUGGAGGUAGAUGAAAGAGGUCGGUAGGCAUCUUCUAGUAGAUUAAUGCUAUGAUCAAAUGGGAAGCAAGAAGAUGAAUGAGGCUGUUUGGGAGCUUAAUUUCUUGGUUCUAAUUUGAAAAUUGAUCUGCAAAAGCAGAAAUUGUAAAUUUGAUUUUCCAACAUUUUAGUGUAGGAGUAGAGGAGUCAUAGAGAGAAUUUCAUCUGCCCUGUUGGCAUUUGGAAAAGGGUUACUAUUUUGCUGAUUCUGGAUGAAAAUGUUCAUGUAUGGAGAGGAGAGAAGAUGGAGUGCCUUUUUACAUGUAACCACUAAAUUCACCUGAGUUCUGAUCUUCCCAUGUUUACCCA